AUGGCAGAUAGUUCAGUAUCGUUUUUGCUGGACAAGCUAAGUUCUCUGCUUCAAGAAGAAGUGAAUCUGCAGAGAGGGGUUCGUGAAGAUGUUCAGCACAUCAAAUACGAACUUGAACGUCACAAGGCUAUCUUAAGGAUGGCUGAUGCUAUGGAAGACAAAGACCCUGAACUCAAAGCAUGGGUUAAACGAGUGAGAGAUGUUGCUCAUGACAUGGAAGAUGCUAUAGACGAAUUCAACCUUCGCCUUGUCGAGCAACAUGGACAAGGAAACAAUUCUUCUGUUCAUAGGUUUACUUUCGGCCUUAAGACAAUGAAAGCUCGGCAUAGAAUUGCUUCAGAUAUGCAAAGCAUCAAAACCAAAGUGAACGUUAUAUCCCAGGGACGUCCAGACCUAUCUGGGAUAGGCUCAGGGUCAAGUCAACGGCUAAGGCUUGAUAGCCAAGGAGAUGCACUUCUGCUAGAAGAAGCUGAUCUAGGCUGUGAUUCCAAUAUAUGGAAUGGGGGGUUGGGGAAAACCACCUUGGCAAAACAAAUCUACGAUGAUCCAAAUGUGAAGAAGCGUUUCAGGAUUCAUGCUUGGAUUAACGUUUCUCAGUCUUUUAAACUGCAAGAGCUCCUUAAAGACCUGGUUCAACAGCUCCAUAAUGUCAUUGGGAAACCGGCUCCGGAAGCAGUUGGGCAAAUGAAAAGUGACGAGCUCAAAGAUAUGAUCAAGAACUUGCUUCAGAGAAGCAGGUACCUCAUUGUGCUGGAUGAUGUGUGGCUUGUAAGGGUAUGGGAUUCUGUCAAACUUGCUUUGCCUAAUAACAACCGUGGCAGUAGAGUGAUGCUUACAACACGCAAGAAAGAUAUAGCUUUGUAUUCUUGUGCUGAAUUGGGUAAGGAUUUUAACCUUGAGUUCUUACCUGAGGAAGAAGCUUGGUAUCUUUUCUGCAAGAAAACAUUUCAGGGUAACUCAUGUCCUCCUCAUCUGGAGGAAGUUUGCAGGAAGAUCUUAAAAAUGUGUGGUGGGUUGCCACUAGCAGUUGUUGCAAUUGGUGGUGCUUUGGCUACGCGAGGGAGGGCAAACAUAGAAGAGUGGCAGAUGGUUUGCAGAAGUUUUGGGUCUGAAAUUGAAGGCAAUGACAAACUGGAGGAUAUGAAGAAAGUGCUUUCCCUAAGUUUCAAUGAGUUGCCUUACUAUCUUAAAUCCUGCUUGUUGUACCUAAGCAUCUUCCCUGAGUUUCAUGCUAUUGAGCAUAUGAGAUUGAUUCGAUUGUGGAUAGCUGAAGGUUUUGUGAAUGGAGAAGAUGGAAAGACAAGGGAGGAAGUUGCAGACAGUUACCUCAAGGAGCUCUUGGACAGAAGUCUGCUGCAAGUUGUAGCAAAAACCAGUGAUGGAAGGAUGAAGACUUGUCGCAUGCAUGAUCUUCUAAGGGAGAUCGUCAAUUUAAAGGCAAAGGAUCAAAACUUUGCCACAAUAGCCAGAGAUCAAGACAUAAUCUGGCCAGACAAAGUUCGACGCCUGUCAAUCAUAAAUACAUUGCAAAAUGUGCAACAAAAUAGGGCUUCAUUCCAGCUCCGAUCUCUGCUAAUGUUUGCCUUAUCAGAUUCACUGGACCAUUUUUCUAUACGUUCAUUAUGUUCCACUGGUUAUAAGUUAAUCAGGGUGUUAGAUUUGCAGGAUGCACCUUUGGAGGUUUUUCCUGCUGAAAUUGUAAGCCUUUACCUUCUCAAGUAUCUGAGUUUGAAGAAUACAAAGGUGAAAAGCAUUCCAGGUACCAUAAAGAAGCUGCAGCAACUGGAAACAUUAGAUCUUAAACAUUCCUCUGUCACAGUAUUGCCAGUUGAAAUUGUGGAGCUGCAACGAUUACGCCAUCUCUUGGUGUAUCGCUAUGAGAUUGAAUCCUAUGCUUAUUUCCAUUCAAGGCACGGCUUCAAGGUGGCUGCCCCUAUAGGAAUGAUGCAAUCUUUGCAAAAGCUAUGUUUUAUAGAGGCAGACCAGGCUUUGAUGGUUGAGCUAGGAAAACUCACUCAACUCAGGAGGCUUGGCAUUAGAAAGAUGAGGCAACAAGAGGGCGCUGCUUUGUGUUCAUCCAUUGAGAAGAUGAUCAAUCUCCGCUCAUUGUCCAUCACAGCAAUUGAAGAUAAUGAGAUAAUUGAUAUUCACAACAUUUUCAGCCCUCCUCGGUAUCUCCAGCAGUUAUAUUUAAGUGGACGUUUAGACAAUUUUCCCCACUGGAUAAGUGCUCUCAAGAAUUUGGUCCGAGUGUUUCUAAAAUGGAGUCGGCUAAGAGAGGAUCCUCUGUUACAUCUCCAAGAUUUGCCAAAUCUAAGACAUCUUGAGUUUCUUCAAGUUUAUGUAGGUGAGGCAUUGACUUUCAAGGCUAAGGGGUUUCCUAGUCUGAAGGUGUUAGGCCUUGAUGAUUUAGAUGAACUGAAAUCUAUGACUGUGGAGGAGGGAGCAAUGCCUGGUCUUAAAAAGCUCAUCAUCCAGCGCUGCGGUUCACUAAAGCAGGUACCCUUAGGCAUUGAACAUCUAACCAAGCUAAAAUCAAUUGAGUUUUUUGACAUGCCUGAAGAAUUGAUCGCAACACUGCAUCCAAGUGGAGGUGAGGAAUAUAAGAGAGUACAACAUGUCCCAGCAGUUUAUUCCUCAUAUUGGAGGGAUGGAGGUUGGGAUGUCUACUCAUUAGAGACUUUAGCAGAUCGAGAGACUGAUCUCAGUGGCGGUACUCCAAUGAGAAGUCUUGAAAUUUGUACGAUGUGGAAGGUUUAA